UCCGUGCUUAGCCAGACCUCUGUUCCAUUCAUCUUCUUUCCGAAUUCACUGUGGUUCUUUUACUCUCCUUUCGUCACCCCUCUCGCUCGCAUAUGAAGGCUUGAGUGUGAAGGUAAAGACAACUUCUCAGACGCGACUUCUGAGCGGCUAUCUAUAAAAGCACCUCUGCAGACUGCUCUUCUCGUCCAUUAGCACAACAACAACAACGAUUAUCAGGAGUAGUAAGAUGUCUACAACCAAUGGUUCCUCCAAUCAGCCAGAGGAUGCCCAGCCCCAUUCCAUGGAUGAACUCAGGCGCCUCGUACACGACAUCAAUCACGCUAGAAACGUCGUCCAAGACCUCUACAACACCCUCGCUGCUCUUGACCUCAGAAUCCGCGGACAUCCCGAAGACAUACACUUCUAUCUGCAAGAUGUCAUUUCGUGCCAGAUGAGCGUUAUUCAGCACUUCAUCAAGCUCAACGCAUGGCGCAUCAGGGAGGGACAGAUCCUCGUCUCGGUCGGAACACUGACGGCCGACGAUCAGAGAUACCAGGACGCUCGGUACGAAAUCGCGUACAUGCGUCACAAUGGGAGCGGAAUCAUGAGGGCUCUAGCCGGUAACGUGGCACUUGACACGAGCCGUCCCAGGUACGACGAAACCUCCGAGGAUCAGGAGAACGCUGCUAGAGAGAUGGAUGCGUUGACCAAUGCUUUCUCCGCUCUCUGAGAAGCUACAGAAUCCCAGCGAGAAAGCAUUUUCUGGCAAACAAGGGCAGCCAGGAGAAGCAGUGGAG